AUGCCCCAGUUCAACAUUGGCGAUUUUGUGCUUUACAUGGACGUGUUGUCGAUUUCGAACUCAAAGCUAAGUGUUACAUGGCGUGGACCAGCUCAAGUGGUCAAGAAAACAUCCGAUUUGAUUUUCAAAUUCAAAAAUUUGGUGACGGGGGAGGUCGGUAAAGCCUACUGUAGUCGUCUGAAGUUUUACGCCGACGACACCUUGAAUGUGACCGAAGAACUGCUGCGCCACAUUGCGCACAACGCCGACGGUCAUGUGGUCCACCAGUUUCUCGACUGCCCCUACAACGAUCGAUUGACCUCGUUUAAAGUGUGCCUUCGCUGCCGCGGCCUAAAAGAAAUUGAAGACGCAUGGGAACGGGCCAAUUUGUUCGAAGACAUUCCAACUGAGUUCAAGAGCUACGUGCGCUCUAACUAG